UUGCCUAGUAAAUAUACAGGUUAAAUUCCUAACUUUCACUUAUUUAUGUAUUGGUCCAUUAAGCACCUUAAAUGUGUGUCAUAAUAUAUUUAGGAGUCUGUCCUGGGUCACUUCUGUAUCAUAGUUGUUCUAGUUACAGACUUAAUAAAGUGGGUAGCAAUUCUAAAAUAUUACCCUCUCAGAAGCUGAUUCAUGAUUUUGGGCAGGUGUUUCCUUUGUCUCGUCUGAAGAGAGGAGAAUCUCAAUGACUAUUCGUUCACCGGAACCAGAAGUCAAGAUUGUGGUAGACAAUGAUCCUGUAAAAACCUCUUUUGAAAAAUGGGCUAAGCCAGGUCAUUUCUCUCGUGCGUUAGCAAAAGGUCCUACUACAACCACUUGGAUUUGGAACCUGCAUGCUGAUGUUCACGAUUUUGAUAGCCACACUAGUGAUCUAGAAGAAAUUUCUCGUAAGGUUUUUAGUGCACACUUUGGUCAAUUAGCUGUCAUAUUCAUUUGGUUAAGCGGAAUGUAUUUUCAUGGUGCACGCUUUUCCAAUUAUGAAGCAUGGUUAAGUGAUCCAACCCACAUCAAACCUAGUGCUCAAGUUGUUUGGCCAAUUGUAGGUCAAGAAAUUUUGAACGGCGACGUAGGUGGUGGAUUCCAGGGAGUUCAAAUUACCUCUGGUUUAUUCCAAAUGUGGCGUUCUUCUGGAAUCACUACUGAACUAGAGUUAUAUUCCACUGCAAUUGGUGGUUUAUUAAUGGCAGGCUUAAUGUUUAUCGCUGGUUGGUUCCAUUAUCAUAAAGCUGCACCUAAAUUGGCUUGGUUCCAAGAUGCAGAAUCUAUGAUGAACCACCAUUUAGGCGGUCUAAUAGGCUUAGGAUCUUUGGGUUGGGCUGGACACCAAAUUCAUGUAUCUUUGCCUAUCAACCAAUUGUUAGAUGCAGGAGUUGACCCUAAAGAAAUUCCUUUGCCUCACGAAUUUAUAUUUAACAGAGACUUAUUAGCUCAGUUAUAUCCUAGCUUUGCGAAAGGUGUAACUCCUUUCUUUACCUUAAACUGGGCAGAGUAUUCUGAUUUCUUAACUUUCCGUGGCGGUCUAAAUCCAGUUACAGGAGGUUUAUGGUUAACUGAUACAGUUCACCACCACGUAGCAAUUGCAGUCCUUUUCCUAGUAGCAGGACAUAUGUAUAGAACUAACUGGGGAAUUGGUCAUAGCAUGAAAGAAAUGUUAGAAGCUCACAAAGGGCCUAUGACUGGUGAAGGUCACAAAGGACUUUAUGAAAUUUUGACCACUUCUUGGCAUGCUCAAUUAGCAUUAAACUUAGCUACUUUUGGAUCUUUAACAAUUAUCAUAGCACAUCAUAUGUAUGCUAUGCCUCCUUACCCAUAUUUAGCAACUGAUUAUGGUACUCAGUUAUCCUUAUUCACACACCACAUGUGGAUUGGUGGAUUCUGCGUUGUAGGGGCUGGUGCUCAUGCAGCUAUCUAUUUGGUAAGAGAUUACGAUCCAACUACUCAGUAUAACAAUCUAUUAGAUCGUGUUCUACGUCAUAGAGAUGCAAUUAUUUCUCAUCUUAACUGGGUAUGUAUCUUCCUAGGAUUCCAUAGUUUUGGUUUGUAUAUUCAUAACGAUACUAUGAGUGCCUUAGGUCGUCCUCAAGAUAUGUUCUCUGACACAGCUAUUCAACUUCAGCCUGUGUUUGCUCAAUGGGUUCAAAAUACUAACGCUGCAGCACCUGGUUUCACAGCACCUAAUGCAGCUGCCGCUAGCAGUAUCACUUGGGGUGGUAGUGAAUUAGUAGCAGUAGGUGGGAAAGUAGCAAUGUCUCCUAUUCCAUUAGGAACAGCUGAUUUCCUAGUGCACCAUAUUCAUGCAUUUACUAUUCACGUUACUGUUUUGAUUCUUUUGAAGGGUGUAUUAUUUGCUCGUAGUUCUCGACUAAUCCCAGAUAAAGCUAAUUUAGGCUUCCGCUUCCCUUGUGAUGGUCCAGGACGUGGUGGUACUUGCCAAGUUUCUGCUUGGGACCAUGUAUUCUUGGGUCUAUUCUGGAUGUAUAACUCUAUUUCUGUAGUAAUUUUCCAUUUUAGUUGGAAGAUGCAAUCAGAUGUAUGGGGAACUGUAAAUGCUCAAGGAGUAUCUCAUAUUACUGGAGGGAACUUUGCUCAAAGUGCAACUACCAUUAAUGGAUGGUUGCGUGAUUUCUUAUGGGCACAAGCAUCUCAAGUAAUUCAAUCUUAUGGAUCUGCUUUAUCUGCAUAUGGUUUAGUUUUCUUAGGUGCUCACUUCGUAUGGGCAUUUAGCUUGAUGUUCUUGUUUAGUGGCCGUGGUUAUUGGCAAGAACUAAUUGAAUCCAUUCUAUGGGCUCAUAAUAAGCUUAAAGUUGCUCCUGCUAUCCAGCCUCGAGCUCUUAGUAUUACUCAAGGGCGUGCUGUAGGAGUAGCUCAUUACCUUCUGGGUGGGAUUGCCACAACAUGGGCAUUCUUCCUAGCAAGAAUUAUUUCAGUAGGAUAAUGGCUAGGAGGGUUUUAAAGCAUUAUGGCAUCAAGAUUUCCAAAAUUUAGCCAGGGCCUAUCCCAAGACCCAACCACUCGCCGUAUUUGGUUUGGAAUUGCUACU